UUCCUCCCCAUAGCUCCUCCCGCUUUCUCCCUGCGCAUGCGCUCUCAGUCCACUCCUCUUCCGACCCCCUUCUUCCCCUGGCCGGAGUUGGUGGCUGGACCUCCUGUGACCUCGGCUCAAGAUGCUUCCUUUCUCGUUCCUCCGGGCGGCUCGGCCUCUACAGAGAUGGGGGCAGCUGGUGAGCAUGGCCACACGGUGCCAGCACAGUGAGGCGGCCCAGACCCAGACUGGAGAGGCAUCCAGGGGCUGGACAGGCCAGGAGAGCCUGUCGGAUAGUGAUCCUGAGAUGUGGGAGCUGCUUCGGAGGGAGAAGGACAGGCAGUGUCGUGGCCUGGAGCUCAUCGCCUCGGAGAACUUCUGCAGCCGAGCUGCGUUGGAGGCCCUGGGGUCCUGUCUGAACAACAAGUACUCGGAGGGUUAUCCUGGCAAGAGAUAUUAUGGGGGAGCAGAAGUAGUUGAUGAAAUCGAGCUGCUGUGUCAGCGACGAGCCUUGGAGGCCUUUGACCUGGAUCCUGCACAGUGGGGAGUCAACGUCCAGCCCUACUCGGGGUCCCCAGCCAACCUGGCUGCCUACACUGCCCUUCUGCAGCCUCAUGACCGAAUCAUGGGGCUGGACUUGCCCGACGGGGGCCACCUCACACAUGGCUACAUGUCUGAUGUCAAGCGGGUCUCAGCCACGUCCAUAUUCUUCGAGUCCAUGCCCUACAAGCUGAAUCCCCAGACCGGCCUUAUUGACUAUGACCAACUGGCCCUGACUGCUCGCCUUUUCAGGCCGAAAAUCAUCAUAGCUGGCACCAGCGCCUAUGCCCGCCUCAUUGACUAUGCCUGCAUGAGAGAGGUGUGUGACGAAGUCAAGGCUCACCUGCUCGCAGACAUGGCCCACAUCAGCGGCCUGGUGGCUGCUAAGGUGAUCCCCUCACCUUUCAAACACGCGGACGUGGUCACCACCACCACUCACAAGACCCUCCGAGGGGCCAGGUCUGGACUCAUCUUCUACCGGAAGGGAGUACGGACCGUAGACCCCAAGACUGGCCGGGAAAUCCCUUAUAACUUUGAAGACCGAAUCAACUUUUCUGUGUUCCCAUCACUGCAAGGAGGGCCCCACAACCAUGCUAUUGCUGCAGUAGCUGUGGCCCUAAAGCAGGCCUGCACCCCCAUGUUCCGAGAGUAUUCCCUGCAAGUUCUGAAGAACGCUCGGGCUAUGGCUGAUGCCCUGCUAAAGCGAGGCUACUCACUGGUGUCUGGUGGCACUGACAACCACCUAGUGCUGGUCGACUUGAGGCCCAAGGGCCUGGAUGGAGCUCGGGCUGAGCGUGUGCUGGAGCUUGUGUCCAUCACGGCCAAUAAGAACACCUGUCCAGGAGACCGAAGUGCCAUCACCCCUGGGGGACUGCGUCUCGGGGCCCCAGCCUUGACCUCUCGACAGUUCCGGGAGGACGAUUUCCGCCAAGUGGUGGACUUUAUCGACGAAGGCGUCUGCAUUGGCUUGGAAGUGAAGAACAAGACUGCCAAACUCCAGGAUUUCAAAUCCUUCCUGCUUAAUGAUCCAGAAACAAGGCAUCAGCUGACUGACCUCAGACAACGGGUGGAGAAGUUCUCCAGGGCCUUCCCCAUGCCCGGUUUUGAUGAUCACUGAUGGCAUUCUGGAGAUGAGGUGCACAGACUGAGAUUUGCUGUUACUUUCUACCUGGACCAGUGGAGGGGAACUCCCACCUCCUACUUCUGGAGGAGCCCCUCACUUUGUGAAGAGCCAAGCUUUCUUCAUCCUCCUUCCCCCCAGAAUUUGUAGCAGAGAUUUCUUUUUGUAACCAGACUCAGGAGGAGGUGGGAGCCUGGGGCUUUCUACCCCCAACCUCUCCUGUUUUCUCAGUGUUAGAGAUUCCCUGCUCUUUCUUGGGAGGGGGAGGGAGUGGAGUCGCCUUUGUGAGCCAGAGGAAGGGGGGGGGGUAGGUGGACACCUUCCUUGCAGUUUUUAUUAAUAAAAUGCUAACCUGUC